AUCAGCUCUGUGCGCAUGUGCGGACCGGUGAGCGCUCAGAUCAAGAUGGCGUCGUCAAUGAGCGGGAUGUUUUCCGGUCAGCAGCCGUCCGGUGCGCAUCCCGUCGGGGGUCCCGGUGGACCGGGUCAACCGGGGUUCCCCGGUACCGCCACCAGAGCGCCGGGAAACGUCACCCUGGUGGACGAACUGGAGGCUUCCUUCGAGGCAUGUUUUGCGUCCUUGGUAAGCCAAGACUACGUAAAUGGGACUGACCAGGAGGAGAUUCGAACUGGUGUUGAUCAGUGCAUACAAAAGUUCCUGGAUGUGGCUCGACAGACUGAGUGCUUCUUCCUACAGAAGAGGCUUCAGUUAUCUGUGCAGAAACCAGAGCAGGUGGUGAAAGAGGAUGUGUCAGAGUUACGUAAUGAGCUACAGAGGAAAGAAUUGCUGGUUCAGAAACAUUUGUCCAAGCUGCACCACUGGCAACAAGUUCUGGAGGAUGUGAGCGUUCAGCACCGCAAACCCUCGGACCUUCCUCCUCCUGGACCGCUGGCCUUCCUGGAGCAGGCCUCGGCGAGUCUGCCCCCUGCCCCUUUAAAACCGAACUAACACACGAAAGGUGCGGUCACAUUAGACUAAAUGAAAAACACUCAGGAGGUGAUGUUGAACUCUUGACCGGCCAGAGAUUGCAACACAAUAGGAAACACAUGCCUGCGUUCAUCAACCAUACAGGCUUGAAGUGAAUGGGAGAUGUAAUGUGACCGUACCUGAGCAAGAGCAUCAUAAAUCAUGACCUGGAUAGUUUUAUUUCAACUUUUUUCCCCCAGUAUUUUUGAUUUCUGUAAAUAUUUCUGUUGACUUUUUUUUUUUUUUUUUUACUGUAAAAACAAAAUAAAAUUUGUGAGAAUUUG